AUGGGCAACGUGUGCUUCUGCGGCACCACCUCCACGUCUCCUGAUCAGCCCGAACCCGACGCCACAGCCAGCAAAGCGCCGCCACAUCCACAAGGUGGCCACAAGAGACCGGCGACGCCUCCGAGCAGCCAGCAGGGCAGCAACAGCCAAGAGCCAAGCCCGGGGUCCAACAAGCCCAGACCGAAGGCGAGGCCCAAGGCGGCGGCUACUAAGCCCAACAACCCGUACGACCGGGCUCCGCCGCCGGCGCACGCGUCCAGCGGCGUCGGCGGGGCGUCGGCCUUGGCGCCGCGCGUGCUGGACGGCGUGGUGCCGCACCACCCGCGGCUGCGCGUGAUGGACAAGUACCACCUCGGGCGGGAGCUGGGGCGGGGCGAGUUCGGCGUCACGCGGCUCGCCACGGACCGCGCCACGCGGGAGCGCCUGGCGUGCAAGUCCAUCCCGAAGCGGCGCCUGCGCACGGCGGUGGACGUCGCCGACGUGCGCCGGGAGGUGGCAAUCAUGGCGUCGCUGCCCGACCACCCGGCGCUCGUGCGCCUGCGGGCCGCCUACGAGGACGCCGACGCCGUGCACCUCGUCAUGGAGCUCUGCGACGGCGGGGAGCUGUUCGACCGGAUCGUGGCCCGCGGGAGGUACACGGAGCGCGCCGCGGCGGCGGCCGCCAGGACCGUGGCCGAGGUGGUAAGGGCGUGCCACGCGCACGGGGUCAUGCACCGGGACCUCAAGCCCGAGAACUUCCUCUACGCGGGCAAGAGCGACGAUGCGCAGCUCAAGGCCAUCGAUUUCGGACUCUCCGUCUUCUUCAAACCAGGCGAGCGGUUCACGGAGAUCGUGGGCAGCCCGUACUACAUGGCGCCGGAGGUGCUGCGGCGGAGCUACGGGCCGGAGGUGGACAUCUGGAGCGCCGGCGUGAUCCUGUACAUCCUCCUCUGCGGCGUGCCGCCCUUCUGGGCCGAGACGGAGCAGGGCGUGGCGCGCGCCAUCCUCCGCGGCAACCUGGACCUGCAGCGGGAGCCGUGGCCGCGGAUCUCCGAGGGCGCCAAGAGCCUCGUCCGCCAGAUGCUGCAGAUGGACCCCAAGAAGCGACCCACCGCGCAGCAAGUGCUCGAGCACCCGUGGCUGCAGAACGCGCGGAAGGCGCCCAACGUGCCGCUGGGCGACGUCGUCCGGGCGCGGCUGCAGCAGUUCUCCGCCAUGAACAAGUUCAAGAAGAAGGCCAUGCGGGUGAUCGCGGAGCACCUGUCCGUGGAGGAGGUGGAGGUGAUCCGGGACAUGUUCGCGCUCAUGGACACGGACAAGGACGGCAGGGUGACGCUGGAGGAGCUCAAGGCCGGGCUCAGGAAGGUCGGGUCCAAGCUGGCCGAGCCCGAGAUGGAGCUGCUCAUGGAGGCCGCCGACGUGAACGGCAACGGGUACCUGGACUACGGCGAGUUCGUGGCGAUCACCAUACACUUGCAGCGGCUCUCCAACGAUGCCCACCUCCGCAAGGCGUUCCUCUUCUUCGACAAGGACAGCAGCGGUUACAUCGAGCGCGCCGAGCUGGCCGACGCGCUCGCCGACGAUGCGGGGCACACCGACGAGGCCGCGCUCAACAACGUCCUGCAAGAAGUCGACACCAACAAGGAUGGGCGGAUCAGCUUCGAGGAGUUCGUGGCGAUGAUGAAGGCCGGGACGGACUGGAGGAAGGCGUCCCGGCAGUACUCGAGGGAGCGCUUUAAGACGCUAAGCAACAGCCUCAUCAAUGACGGGUCGCUCGGCAUGGCGCGAUGA